CACCCAGGUGGUUAACAUGGAUGAUGGUGCUUCACAGAACCCAGCUUGGCCACCGACACCCCGCUCCGCUCACCCCACUACACCCCCCCGUUCUGCCUGUUGCCCAUCAGGCAUUCCCAGGGCCUUGGGAGCUAGGAUGGAACCCAAGGCCAGGAAGGGGGCCCUUAAUCUCCACCCAGAGACUGACACCCAGAUCUCAAAGGAGACCAGAGGACCAGCCACACCAAGGCAGGAGGAAGACUCCAGCCAGUCUCUGGGGAGAAAAAGGCACAAGGAAAAGCUGAAGACAGUGAUGGGCACAGAAAACACAGGUGGAAGGAUGGUACAGGUGACUAUAGUUGCUGGGACAAGACAGGAGACCGCAGGUGAUGGGUGAGACAGAACCACACUGGUAGAUGUGGGUAUCUGUCUGAGGUCUGGGUCUCCAGUGAGGUAUGGCGUUUAGCUGCCUCAGUGGCAUGGCCCUGGCUAUCUUGAGUGAAGAUUGCACUGCCUCUCCAGCCCCACCCCCAGCCCCACCCUUUAGCAUACAGUGUCUCAGGCAAGGAAGGCAGGAGGUGAGGACCCUGCCUGGCAUCGCCCACAAACAGGUGCCUCUUCCCCCUCAGGGAAGGGAAGGGACAAGUGAGUGGCAUGUGAAAAGGAGAGACUUCCUUAGUCCCUGAAGGGCUGGGUUACCUCACAAACUGUGGGCACGUGGCCAAGCAGAGAGAGAAGGUUGCCGGAGCUACCUUGCCCUCAAGGUAUGGUGGCCAGCUAAGGGGGUCCAGAGCUCACUGCCAACACGCCCUCAUGGGAUGCUCCAGAAAGGCCUAGAAGACUUAAGAGCUUUCUGUUGUUGUUUUAUUUCAUUUUGUUUUUUUGAGACAGUUUCUCUGUGUAGCCUUGGCUGUCUUGGACUUGCUCUGUAGACCAGGCUGGCCUCCAGGCCACAACAAUUUGCCUGCCUCCACCUCCCUGAGUGUUGGCAUUACAGGGGUUUCCGGAAAGAGAGAAAGUGCAUCACAGACUUCCACAGCCUCUGCUGCAGUCACCUUCCCCUCACAAUGUCACUGAGGAUGCACACACAGUCUCCCAGCACCCAGGAAGACAUGGCGUUCAACCUGACCAUCCUGUCCCUCACCGAGCUCCUCAGCCUGGGCGGGCUGCUGGGCAACGGAGUAGCCCUCUGGCUCCUCAGCCAGAAUGUCUACAGGAACCCCUUCUCCAUCUAUCUCUUGGAUGUGGCCUGCGCUGACCUCAUCUUUCUCUGCUGCCACAUGGUGGCCAUCAUCCCGGAGCUGCUGCGGGACCAACUGAACUUCCCAGAAUUCAUAUACAUCAGCCUGAUCAUGCUUCGCUUCUUCUGCUACAUUGUGGGCCUGAGCCUUCUGGCGGCCAUCAGCACAGAGCAGUGCCUGGCCACCCUCUUCCCGGCCUGGUACCUGUGCCGCCGCCCACGCUACCUGACCACCUGCGUGUGUGCCCUCAUCUGGGUGCUCUGCCUGCUCCUGGACCUGCUGCUGAGCGGCGCCUGCACCCAGUUCUUCGGGGCACCCAGCUACCACCUGUGUGGGAUGCUGUGGCUGGUGGUGGCAGUCCUCCUGGCUGCCCUGUGCUGUUCCAUGUGUGUGACCAGCCUGCUCCUGUUGCUGCGGGUGGAGCGUGGUCCAGAGAGGCACCAGCCCCGGGGCUUUUCCACCCUGGUCUUGUUGUCCAUCCUCCUCUUCCUCUUCUGCGGGCUGCCCUUUGGCAUUUUCUGGCUGUCCAAGAACCUGUCCUGGCACACCCCCCUCUACUUCUACCACCUCAGCUUCUUCAUGGCCAGUGUGCACAGUUCAGCCAAGCCUGCUAUCUACUUUUUCUUGGGCAGCACCCCUGGCCAGAGGUUGCAGGAACCCCUCCGGCUGGUGCUCCAGCGGGCUCUAGGGGAUGAGGCUGAGCUGGGGGCUGUGAGAGAGGCCUCCCAAGGGGGACUUGUGGACAUGACCGUCUAAGACCAGUGGGUCACAUGAGCAGCUCCAGCCCAUGGGGACCAGAGUUGCUGCCUGAUGUAGGUAAGAGCUGGCAUCAGAGCUCCAUUAGUGAGAACCCGGAGGGACGUCUUUGAUGAUGACCCAGUCGUAUGACCCCUGAGAGGAUGCUGGGAAAGAGCAGACAGAGAGCGAUGUUUCUGUAGAGGGCCUGGGAUUGUGCACAUUAGGCGGAGCUGCAGGACUGUCUCAUGACGGCUGCUUCCACGGCCAACCUUCCCCCACGGCUACAGCAAGGAGAGCAGUCAGGCAUGAGACAGGUUAGUCAUGUGGUGGGCAGCUGACUCUCCACAAGCAUCCUCCUAGCUGUAGAGUGUGGGGUGACUUUUCUCAGGGCCCCAUGCUCCUCCCUUUAGUGUGGAAUAAAUGACACUGAAAUUGGAUGUUCAGUUAGGUAGGGGGAGUAAGUGGCUUGGAAGGCCAAACUAUAGCAGAAGGCAUCCUCCUGACCCCACAUUGCAGCCAGAGAGCAAAGCCUGCCUGGCUUCUGUUAGGGACCAAGAGCAAAGCUGUCACAGGCCUGCCAUCCCAGCUGCUUGAGAGGCCAUGGCAGGACCAUAAAACCAAGUACCUGGGUUACAUCUGUAACUCUAGUCCCAGGGACUCUAUCUCCCUCUUUUGGCUUCUGCAGGCACUGCACCCAUGUGGAAUACAUACAUACAUGCUCAUACAUGCGCUCUCUCUCUCUCUCUCUCUCUCUCUCUCUCUCUCUCUCUCACACACACACACACACACACACUGAAAAUAGAGUUCAAGGUCAGCUUAAGCUUUAGAGGACCCAUCAAAGCACAGAGGGGAAUGUGUAGGAAAGAGACCACUGGAUGACAUAAACCUCACUCAAUGCUCCAUAAAAGCUGGGGGCUCCUGGGUCUGAAUCUCAAAGCGAGGUUCGCUGAGUGGGCAGCAAGCCCUCUCUCAACUCUGCCUAAUUCAAAGCACCUCUACCUAGCAGGACACCCAGGACUUCAGCACCUGGACAGUUCCUUCCUCACCCUCCAUCCUAGACAGGACCUACCUACCUACCUACCUACCUACCUACCUAGUAGGGUUCCUCUGAGGAAGCAGCCUGGCCACACUCUAGAGGAGGUGGCUGAGUUCCUGCCUGGCCAGGGGCACAGAGAUGAAUGGGAGGCCACCAAUCCUGGCACAGAUGGCUGAGGACCAGCUUGCUACCACCCAUGUGUCAUUGUGCUAACUGAACCCUUACAUUUCUACUUCCUCAUUGAAUAAAGUCAGUGUUCUGAGUUGUGUCCAGCAAGUCCCAAGAGGAUUUUAUUACAUCGUCAACACUAAGCCCACAUCCAUGACGUGCUGGCCUCCUUUGACAUCUGUGUGGGUGUAAUUCUGAGUUGGACCAGGCAAACAGAUGGAGGCACAUUUGGUCUAUGUUGUAAUUAAACUUGUCCCUGAGUCUGGACAAGAACAGAAGAACCCUGAGCGGUGUCCUGGAAUUGGCAACAUGCUCUCCCCACUCCACUCAGGUUGUGUUGGAAUGCAUCCUGUGGCACGAGGCCUUCACCUCUGAUUCUCUGGCAGGUCUAAAUGCAGAGAUCCCAGGAGGCUAGGAGCUUGAGGUGCUGGUCAUCCUCUUUCAGAGGAGUCCCUUCCGUCCCACAUGAGGACCUUCCCUCCUCCACAUUGGAGCUUAGGAGCCAGUGUGGCCGUCUGUCCGCCUCCAGAACAGGCUUCUCGACUUCAGUUCCUCAGCUUUGGGGAACUGAGAGCAGGAAGGGAAGUAGCCUGUCCAUAAGUCCAAUUGUUAGCCUCUGGCUACCCACUUCUCCCUGGGGAGAAAGCCCAUGCCAGCCUUUCAGGUGUCUACACAACUGUGUGUUUGCCCAGUGUCCUGUCAGUGAUGUUGGAAGGUGCUUCCACUGUACAGUGAGACCCUGAGGGUCAGAGAGGCCUGUGUCUGCUUGAGACAACCCGGAACAAGGCACAGACCCUCUACUACUCUCCUAGUUAGCUUCAGAUGUCCACUUGACACAGUCCAGAGUUAUCUGAGGGAGUCUCCUUUCGGGGAAUGUUUUGAUCAGGUUGGCCUGUGGGCAUUCUCUUGAUUGCUAAUACAUGUGGGAGAGCCCGGGCCACUGUAGGCACGUGGACCUGGGCUGUAUACAAAGCUAGCUAAGCACAAACCUAGGGUCAAGUCAGUGAGUGGCUUUCCUCGGCACUUCCUGCCUCUGCUUCUGUUUGAGUCCCGGCCCUGAUUGCCCUCUGAGAUGAACUGUGACCUGGAAGUGCAAGUCAAAUAAAGCUCCUCCCACCCCAA